CCAAAAGACACAUACAUCUCCUGCUGCUUUCAUGAAGAGGAACCUUGACAUGCAGAUUCAGUGGAGGAGAUCAAACUGUUCAGAUCAAUCAUGGACAAAACACAAACAUCUGGAGAUGAAGAUUUGUUUCUGGGAUACAAUUCAGUUCAUAAGAAGAGAUCAGAACCUGAGCCCAGCCAUGUGUCUAUGAAGAGUGAUGCGUCUAUGAUUCAGCCAAUUAAGUUAAACAGUGGAGAUACACAGCCUGGACUCAGUCCAGUUCAUAAGAAGAGAUCAGAACCAGAGCCCAGCCAUGUGUCUAUGAAGAGUGAUGCAUCUAUGAUUCAGCCAAUUAAGUUAAACAGUGGAGUUACACGGCCUGGAUUCAGCUCAGUUCAGCAGAAGAGAUCAGAUCCAGAGUCCAAUUGUUUGUCUAUGAAAAGACAUGUGACUGUGGGUCAGAGUGGAGAAACACGGCCUGAUCUCAGCCAAGUCCUCAACACGUUUAGACCAAAUCUGAUGAAGAAGUUUGAGUGUCUGUAUGAGGGAACAGUGAUGCAGGGAAACCCAACACUGCUGAAAGAGAUCUACACAGAGCUCUACAUCACAGAGAGUGAGAAUGGAGAGAUUAGUAAUGAGCAUGAGGUGAGGCAGAUUGAGACACAAUCCAGGGGAGCAGCAACAGAGGACACAGUGAUAAAAUGCAAUGACAUCUUUAGACCAUUACCUGGACAAGACAAACCCAUCAGAACUGUGCUGACAAAGGGAGUCGCUGGCAUUGGAAAAACAGUCUCAAUGCAGAAGUUCAUCCUGGACUGGGCUGAAGGGAAAGAGAAUCAGGACGUCCAGCUCAUAUUUCCACUUCCUUUCAGAGAGCUUAAUUUAAUGAAGGACAAAACACUCAGUCUUUCAGAUCUUCUUAAUUUCUUUUUCCCUGAAAUAAAAGAACUGGAAAUAUCUGUUGAGAAAUAUAAAGUAUUGUUCAUCUUUGAUGGUGUGGACGAAUGUCGUCUGUCUCUGGAUUUUAAGAGAAAAGUGAAACUGUGCAAAAUAUCUAAAUCAGCCUCAGUGGAUGUGCUGCUGACAAACCUGAUUGUGGGGAAUCUGCUUCCCUCUGCUCUCAUCUGGAUCACCUCCAGACCAGCAGCAGCUGAUCUCAUUCCCUCUGAGUGUGUUCAUCGAGUGACAGAGGUACGAGGCUUCAAUGAUCCACAGAAGGAGGAAUACUUCAGGAAGAGAAUCAGUGAUCAGAGUGUGUCCAACAGGAUCAUCUCACAUCUGAAGUCAUCAAGGAGCCUCUUCAACAUGUGCCACAUCCCAGUCUUCUGCUGGAUCUCAGCCGCUGUUCUGGAGAAGAUGUUGAGUCAAGCAGAGAGUGGAGAGAUUCCCAAGACUCUCACUCAAAUGUACACACACUUCCUGAUCCUUCAGACCAACAUCAAACAUCAGAAGGACUAUGAGAAGAACGUAACAGAUGAAGACAUGAUCCUCAAACUGGGGAAACUGGCUUUCCAGCAGCUUGUGAAAGGCAACCUGAUCUUCUAUGAGGAAGACCUGAGAGAGUGUGGCACUGAUGUGAAAGAAGCAUCAGUGUACUCAGGAUUGUGCACUCAGAUCUUCAGAGAGGAGUUGGGCUUGUAUCAGGGGAAAGUCUUCUGCUUUAUACAUCUGAGCCUUCAGGAACAUUUAGCAGCUCUAUAUGCGCACCUCUCCUUUACGAUCAACAACAUCAAUGUGUUUGAUCAAACAAAACAAAGUUUGUUGUCUAAGAUUUUUAAGCAGAAGAAAUAUAAUUCAUUAUCUGAGCUGAAUCAGAGAGUUGUGGAUGAAGCUUUACAGAGUAAGAAUGGACAUCUGGAUCUUUUCCUGCGUUUUCUUCUGGGUCUUUCACUGGAGUCCAAUCAGACUCUCUUACGAAAACUACUGACAAGGACAGGAAGCUGCUCCUAUAAAAAAGAGGAAACAGUUCAGUACAUCAAACAGAAGAUCAGGGAGAAUUGCUGUCCAGAGAAAUCCAUCAAUCUGUUUCACUGUCUGAAUGAACUGGGUGAUGAUUCACUGAUGCUGGAGAUCCAACAUUACCUGAAAUCUGGAGAAAUAAAAGAAACCAAACUCUCCUCUUCACAGUGGUCAGCUCUGGUUUAUGUUUUGCUGACAUCAGAGCAGAAGAUGGAUGUGUUUGAUCUGAAACAGUUUAUUGGAGCACAACAUACAGCAGACAAAGUUCUUCAGAAUCUGUUACCUGUGGUUAAAGAAUCCAGAUCAGUUCAGUUAUGUGGAUGUAAUCUCACUCCUCAGUCCUGUGAAAGUUUAUCUUCAGCUCUACAGUCCUCAAACUCUGUCCUGAGAGAGCUGGACCUGAGUAACAAUGACCUGAAGGAUUCUGGAGUGAAGCUGCUGUCUGAUGGACUGAAGAGUCCAAACUGUCAGCUGGAGAUUCUGAGAUUGUCUGGCUGUAUGGUGACAGAGAAAGGAUGCCGUUAUGUGUCUUCAGCUUUGAGUUCAAACCCCUCACACCUGCGAGAACUGGAUCUAAGCUACAAUUACCCAGGAGAUUCAGGAGUCAAGCUGAGGAUCCAACUGGAGGAUCCAAACUGCUCACUGGACAAACUCAAUGUGGAUCAUGGAGGAGAAUACAGGGUUACGGCAGGACUACAGAAAUGGGCUUGUUUUCUCACACUGGAUCCAAACACGACAAACACUCAACUCAUUCUGUCUGAGGAGAACAGAAAGGUGACAUGUGUGAGAGAGGAUCAGUCAUAUCCUGAUCAUCCAGACAGAUUUGAUGCACAUCAGGUGUUGUGUAGCGAGAGUGUGUGUGGACGCUGUUACUGGGAGAUUGAGUGGAGUGGAGAUUAUGGUGUGCAUGUAUCAGUGUCAUAUAAGAGCAUCAGGAGGAAGGGAUGGGGCGAUGAGUGUGUGUUUGGACAUAAUGAUCAGUCCUGGAGUUUGUUUUGCUCUGCUGACAGAUACUCAUUCAUACACAGUGACAUAGAGACUUGUCUCCCUGUGAAGCCCAUCAGCAGUAGAAUAGUAUUUUAUGAUCACAACACAGCAACAACUCCCUCCUACAACAUCUCCUACAACACUACUAUCAUCAACAAAACACAGACAAAACACACUCACCCACCCUAUCCAUCCUGGGUUUAG